CUAUCCUAGAGCACCGAUCCAUCUUAGACACCUGAUGAGCAUCCCACUAAAAGAUUCCGAGUCAGACUGAAAUACAUUCAUUAACUUUGCCAGAUAGGUUUUUGCUCAAAGAAGAAAUUGUUUGUUGAACUUUUGGAGCUAUGGGGCUCUCUUUUUGGUGCAGGUGUUUACUUUUGCUGGGUUUGAUAGCUGUACAUGGCCACGCUGCAGUUCAGACAUGCAUGGAUAAACACCAAGUGGUUGGGGUGCUGAGACAGAUGGAGAAGUUUCUGAAAGGUCAGGAGCUUCGAUUCACCGAGGGCUUCCGGAUCAUGAAGUCAAAAUUGGCAACUCUUCAGAAUUCUGUCUCCAAGUUGCCUCAAGCGGACCAGUCAGCUGCUCCUGCCACCUGCCAGCCCCUGGAAGAACUGGAGCACGGGACCAAGUUUGGAUCCAAACACUUAGCCGGGCACGAGGUGCAUUUCUCUUGCUCGCAGGGUUACCAUCUGGUGGGUUCGGCCACACGUGUGUGCCAGGACAAUGGCACCUGGAGCGGAGUAGACGCAAUCUGCAAAGAUGUAAGUGAAUGUGCAAGUAACCCCUGCCAAAAUGGAGGUACCUGCGUGGAAGGUGUUAAUCAGUACAAAUGCACCUGCUCACAGAGCUGGAGUGGCUCUCAUUGCCAGCACCAUACUCAGACUGCUCCUCCCGAGUGGAGCGUAAUGAACGAUCCAGCGUUCAGCCGAAAACCUCGCUGUGCCCAAGUGAACCGGGCCCAACACUGCAGCUGUGAUGCAGGCUUCCACAUGAGUGGCACCUCUGACAACAGCAUCUGCCAGGAUGUCAAUGAGUGUGAAGUCUACCGUCUGGACCAGGGCGGGACGUUGUGCGUCCAUGAAUGUGUCAACGUCCCGGGUUCAUACCACUGCUCCUGCCCCAGUGGCUACAAGUUACUCCCAGAUGGGCGGAGCUGCGAGGAUGUGGACGAAUGUUUAAACCAGCAGCACAACUGUAGCCGAGGAACAACAUGCAUCAACACUGGGGGAGGCUUCCAGUGCAUCAACCCAGACUGUCCCCGAUCCCAUGGCAACAUCACCUACGUCAAAACAUCUCCUCUUCAGUGUGAGAGGAAUCCCUGCCCUAUGGAAAGCCGCUCCUGCCACCUCGCUCCAAAGACCAUCUCUUUCCACUAUCUCUCCCUCCCCUCCAACGUACAGACGCCCGCCACCCUUUUCCGAAUGGCCACCACGGGGGCUCCGGGGCGCGCGGGGCCCGACAGCCUGCGCUUUGGCAUCGUGGGAGGAAACUCCAGGGGUAUCUUUGUUAUGCAGCGCUCAGACAGACAAACUGGCGAGCUGAUACUGGUUCAGCAGCUGCGCGGGCCGCAGGAGAUCAACGUAGACGUGGACAUGUCGGAAUACGCCGACCGUAUCUUCCAGGCAAAGCAUGUGGCAAGAGUCCAUGUUCUGGUGUCACCCUACAGCUUCUGAGGAAGUUAACUGUACUGAUCAUUUUCAUCCCAUAGCAUCCGCUCGCAGGCAAGAGCGUGCUUUGCUUUAGGAUUUUAGAAUGCAAGUAAGACUGUGCAAAUAUCCUAUUCAGAUUAUAAAUCCCAGUAAGAAUUUGGCAGCAUUAGAAUGCUACUCAGACACUAUCAAAUUGUAACCCCUCUAAGAUUCCCAUCGUCCUGCUCUUGUUAGAUGGACGGGAAUUUGAAGAACUUGUCUUGAAUUUGAACAUAGCAAAUCCAGGCGCCAGUUUUCCAACUGAUUUCUUAAAACUUUCCCAACACUUUCCAUUGGAAAAGAACAGAUUUUUAAAAAUAUUCAGUUGGACAAGUAGGACACUUUCCAUGGCACUCCAUGCAAAUUACAGUAUUGAGUACUUGCCAGAAAAUGAAAAAUUGAGUUAACUUGAAAUUUGAUUUAAUUAUAAAUAGACCUACUGUAUAUACAUACUAAACUCCUAAUUUAAGAAUGCUUUACAUUAUAGAGGCAAUACAAUUUCCAUGUUUUUUCCAGCCAAAUUUUGGCAUUUCCAUUUACAGUAUUUCCUCGAAAAGUAUCAAUUUCCCUAAUCAAAAAGCAUGAUUUUUAAAAAAAUUUUUUACGAUUGUUGUGUUAUCGCAUAAAACUACAACCAAUAGAAACAAGGACACUUGUUGUAUUAUAGUCUGGAUACAUUGCUGGCGGUUUUUGCAUUGUUUAUUUACAUCAUAUACUGUAUAUAAGCACACUAUUCAUUGCUACGAGUAUUUUGUUCUUCUAAAUUGUAGCUGAUCUACAGUAGCGGGACAUUACAUAUAGCACAUAUCAAACAGUGUAUUUUGAGGAUAACAACUGCACAAUUUAAAUUGUUACCACAUAAAUGAAAUAAACUCAGUAUAACAUUUCAGCCUUUGUUUAGUUACCUCACUUGAUCCUGAACAGUAUGCCAGUGCUUGUUAUCAAGUCAGCGUUAGGCAAUUAAACCUAAGCAGAAAAAUCCUGGAUAGUGAUCAAAUGUUCUCUGAACGGAUGAAAAAGCAGGCUUUAGCACACUUUCGAAGCAGCGCGGAGUUCAUCAGAGACAUGGGAACUGUCAAAUAUGUAAAAACACAUCUAAUUUUUCCCCCUCCCAAAUUCGAUGCUAAUGUUCAACAUGUGUGCUGUCUUCCUUCACUGUCUUCCCACAUCAUCGUCCAGGACUUCACGUUCGCCGUAAAAUUGUCUUUUCUGGAAAGUGGGCAUUA